AAGUGAAGGAUGGGUGGGGGGCUAAAAAUGGGCGCGCUGUUGCCGAUGCGGCGGCUUCUGCGGUUUCUGCCACUUCUGCUGCUCCUGCCGCUUCUUCCGCUUCUAUUGCCGCCACUCCCUGGCGCGUCCGCGAAGGACGAUUUCCUGCUGAAAACGCUGGCCAUAGACAAAAGGAAACUGGACCCCUCCUACCUGCAAAAUUAUGACAACCUAAAAUGGGAGGGGAAAAUAAUCGCCAUAGGGGACAUCCACGGGGAUAUAGAAAGUCUGAAGCUGAUUUUACGGCAUGCAAAUUUGAUAAACGAAAAUGACGAGUGGGUUGCAGAAAAUGUAUUGCUUGUUCAGGUGGGAGAUGUGCUAGACAGAGGGAUAUACGGCCCAUUAAUAUAUGACUAUCUUUUUAAGUUACAAAAGGAAGCGCCUUUAAAAAAAAGCAAAGUGCUAUUAAUCAUGGGAAAUCACGAGCAACUAAAUCUGUGUGGAUAUUUCGAUUACGUAAAUGAAAAAGAAGUGGAGGUGUUUUUUAAAAAGAAUUUGAAUUACAGAUUGUUCCAUUUUGUGUACAGUAAGGGGGAGUACUUCAAAAAAUUAAUUCGCCUACCAGCAAUUGCCAAAGUGAAUGACAUUUUAUUUGUCCACGCGGGGAUAAGCACGCAAAUUUCUUCACUUAGCUUAAACACCAUACGUUUGAAGACGAGGCUGCAAAUUGAAAACAUGUGCAGAGUACUUAGUUAUGAUCAAUCGAUCAACUACGUAAGUCGCGAGGGAGUCCUUUGGCACGACCAUAUCUCACGCACAGCUCCCUAUGAUGAGAAAGAGGCCUGCUCCAUAUUAUCUCAAAUUUUUAACAACUACAAGGCAAAGCAUUUGGUCGUGGGACACACCAGACAGCUCACUCAUGAAAUUAGCUCCUACUGCAAUGGCGGCUUCUUCCUCAUAGACACUGGGAUGAGCCUUUUCAUGAACAACGGGCAGCCGUACCCAAACUACCUCGUCGUGCAAAACGGGACCUUCAAGUCGGUUCACUUAAACGUUGAGGUGAAUAAGAAGGGCAAAAGCUGCGAUUCGCUUGAGAUACAGCUGCACACCCCCAACAAGCAGAGCUUCUGCGUCCAGGCGCGCGAAACGAUGUUGUCUCCCCAGAGCGGCGCUUGACGCGGCGGUUCGUUUGGAUGGCGGUUCGUUUGGAUAGCGGUUCGUUUGGGGGGCGC